UAAUUUUGAUUUUGUAUUUUUUUUUUAAUAAAAUUAAAGUGAUUUUCGAAAUGAGUCGUUCUCAAGUACCAGAUUCAUCGUCUUCACCACCUUUAAAUUUAAAUUAUGGAAAUAAUCAAAAUGGCUACGAAGGAAAUGACGAAGAUGUUUCUGAUUUACCAUCUUGUGUAUAUGCAAAUCGGACACGAACUCAUGCAAUACAACAUGUUUAUUUACAUAGUUUACAAACUGCUCAACAUACAAAUCAUUGCACAGCUGAUUCCAAUAAUGAUGUUCAUGAAAUUGGUGGCUCAUCAACAGUGGAUUAUUAUGGACGAUCACCAUAUCGUGUUCAACGUCAUGCUGCCAAUAUACGAGAAAGGAAACGAAUGCUGAGGUCUGCUAUUGGGAGUUCAAAUUGCAGUAUAAACUCUGCUUUCGACGAGCUACGGGUACACGUACCAACAUUUCCAUAUGAAAAACGUUUGAGCAAAAUUGAUACAUUACGUUUAGCAAUUGCAUAUAUUGCGUUAUUACGAGAAGUAUUAGGUGUCGAUUGUGAUCCAUUAACAUAUGUGGAGAAAUGUUUACGAGGUGAAAUUAAAGCAGAUCAAGCACAUUGGAACACAAGUGAUUUAACAGCAAGAUUAUCAUGGAUAAAUUGGGAAAAUUUAGGUGUAAAUCCAAAUCGACGGAGUGCAUUAACUUCAUUAGCACUAACAUCUGAUAGUAUUAACAAUUAA